AUGACAUCGCUCGUUGAGCUGGAACCUAUGACUGAUGUUUGCAUCAAGAUAUUGGAGAAGAAGUUUGAGCGAUUCCAGGGCCAGGGUAUCGAUCUCGGCGAAUGGCUGCAUUGGUACGCCUUCGACGUGAUAACAUCCAUCACGUUUUCCAACUGCAUGGGCUUUAUGGAGUCAGAACAAGACAUCUCUGGAAUCAUACGAGCAAUCGAGGGCCGACUAUUCUACAACUCGAUCGUCGGGCAAGUCCCCGCCUUGCACAAGUUCCUCCUAGGCAAUCGCUUUGUUUCGCGCAUCGCAAACCUUCUCCCAUCAGUGCGCCGCCUCAACACCACACAUUUCAUCGUCGACUUCGCGCGCACGCAGCUAUCCCGGUACCAAACCGUAGGCAGCUCGUCCGACGAUCUAAAAGACAUGCUCGCGCGCUUCAAACGCUCCAACAAAGACGGCGGGCAAGCCAUGACCAGCGACGAACUACUCAGCCACGCAACAGGCAAUGUUCUAGCAGGCUCCGACACAACCGCCAUAUCCCUGCGCGCCACAUUCUACCACCUCCUCAAAAUCCCGCGCACAUAUAUUAAGCUCCUCGCUGAGAUCGACGCCGCACAUACCCGCGGCGACCUCUCUGACCCCAUCACCUUCGCCGAAGCGAACCAGCUGAGUUAUCUGCAACUCUGCAUCAAGGAGGCGAUGCGCAUGCAUCCCUCGUGCGGCCAACUUCUCGAGCGCGUGGUACCGGCUGGCGGAAUGUCUAUUGCGUCCGUGUUCUUGCCUGAAGGCACGGUAGUGGGUAUUAAUCCGUGGGUCGUCGCGCAGGAUAAAGAUGUGUAUGGAGAUGAUGUAGGUGUUUUUCGGCCGGAGAGGUGGAGUGAGGCGUCGCCUGCGCAGUUGAGGUUGAUGGAGAGGAAUUUUCUGGCCGUAAGUUGCUUGCCUGUUGUGGAUGCUUUGUGUAUGUGCUAA